GCGGGCCGGAGGCGGCGGCAGUGGCAGUGGCAGUGGCAGCAGUGGGGCGAGGGGUCCCGGUUCGCCCCCGCCCACCCGGGGGCCGAGACUAGGGGCGGCGCCCCGCCCGGCACAGGUGCGGCGGCGCGGGUGGGUGUAGUGCGAGAGCGUGGAGCAGAGCGCUGUGCCCUACCCCGCUGCCCUUCUCACGGCGGCGCCCGGCGGGGGAUGUGCCGGCCGCCGGGGGCGCGCCUCCCGUGGGAAGCGCGCUGCUAACGCCACCUGGGUGACGCGGGAGCGCCCGGCGCGGAGAGAAGCAAAGAGGAGCGGGCGGUGAGGGGUCGCCGGGAGUGAGGCAGAUUUGAGACUGGUGAAAAAUGGGAUUCCAGAACACAUGAGUAAAACCCCUGUAGCAGUGCCUGCACAUGAUGCUGUCUGAGAAUCACAGCCUGAAAAGAUCUUGACCAUUAUGGCAAAAUCUUUCAGCAGUGCAUGGUACAUCCAGCUGCAGGCUGGAUGAUCUACAGUCAUCUGAAACAUGAUAUAUACAUCUCCUCUUCCUUGUUCAUGCCUACAUGCUGACACACUACCAGUUUUGUUUCCAAAAGAGGAGUUCACAGAACUACACAGUGCCUGAUCCUACUCGCCGCUUUGAUGUUCCUCCCUGGACUAUGUAGACUAUGUCAGAGAGCCACAAUGAUCAUGCACAAUAACAGUUCAGCCUUGCCCCUGUUUUCAAACGUGAGCUCCUUCUGGAAGAGGGAUUCCCAUGGACCAGGACUACUUGAUGAAGGAGCGUCGCUUAUUGGCAGCUAUGAUUUCCCUCAGACCACAGAGAGCUUUCCCUUCUCCACUAUGGAAUCAACAAACACAUCCCUAAAUGCCACAAGCAAAGACCCUCUGGGUGGACACACUGUCUGGCAAGUAGUUUUGAUUGCGUUCCUCACUGGGAUCAUUGCAUUAGUGACCAUCAUAGGAAAUAUCCUAGUGAUUGUCUCAUUUAAGGUUAACAAACAACUGAAAACGGUCAACAACUACUUCUUGUUGAGUCUUGCUUGUGCAGAUUUGAUCAUCGGUGUUAUUUCCAUGAAUCUUUUCACCACAUACAUCAUCAUGGGCCACUGGGCUUUGGGAAACUUGGCCUGCGAUCUUUGGCUCUCCAUUGACUAUGUUGCCAGUAAUGCCUCUGUCAUGAAUCUCCUUGUCAUAAGUUUUGACAGGUAUUUUUCCAUCACUAGGCCACUUACAUACAGAGCUAAACGAACAACUAAAAGGGCUGGAGUGAUGAUUGGUUUAGCAUGGGUCAUCUCUUUUGUUCUUUGGGCCCCUGCCAUCUUGUUCUGGCAGUAUUUUGUUGGGAAGAGGACUGUGCCUCCUGAUGAAUGUUUUAUCCAGUUUCUAAGUGAACCUAUCAUCACUUUUGGCACUGCCAUAGCUGCCUUUUACUUGCCAGUCACCAUUAUGAGUAUUUUGUAUUGGAGGAUUUACAAGGAGACUGAGAAACGCACCAAAGAGUUAGCAGGACUACAGGCUUCGGGCAGCGAGGCAGAGGCAGCGCGCUUUGUACACCAGACAGGCAGCUCCCGGAGCUGCAGCAGCUAUGAGCUGCAACGGCAGAGCAUGAAGCGCUCCAGCCGAAGGAAGUACAGACGCUGCCACUUCUGGCUCACAAUGAAGAGCUGGGAACCCAACACAGACCAGGGGGAUCAAGAGCACAGCAGCAGUGACAGCUGGAACAACAAUGAUGCUGCUGCCUCCCUUGAAAAUUCAGCCUCAUCUGAUGAAGAAGACAUCACAGCAGAGACCAGAGCUAUCUAUUCAAUUGUGCUGAAGCUUCCUGGUCACAGUGCCAUCCUCAAUUCCACAAAGUUGCCCUCCUCAGAAGAUCUGAAUGAGUCAGCAGAUGAACUGCAGAAAUCUGACACGGACUCACAGGAAAAGAAACCUAAAAAACUGCAGCCUCCCAAAAGCAUUCAGGAUGGUGGAAGUUUCCAGAAGAGCUUUUCAAAGCUUCCGAUUCAGCCAGGGUCAGCAGAGACAGCUACAGCUUCUGAUGGCAUCUCGUCAGUGACCAAGACAUCUUCAGCCCUGCCUUUGUCCUUCAAGGAAGCAACUCUGGCAAAAAAAUUUGCCUUGAAGACCAGAAGUCAAAUCACUAAGCGAAAACGAAUGUCACUUAUCAAAGAAAAGAAAGCGGCACAGACACUCAGUGCCAUUUUGUUUGCCUUUAUCAUUACCUGGACUCCAUAUAACAUCAUGGUUCUGGUAAACACCUUUUGUGACUGUGUCCCCAAAACUGUCUGGAACCUGGGGUACUGGCUUUGCUAUAUCAACAGCACGGUGAACCCUGUGUGCUAUGCACUGUGUAACAAAACGUUCAGAAAUACUUUCAAGAUGUUACUGCUGUGCCAGUGUGACAAACGAAAACGACGCAAACAGCAGUACCAGCAAAGGCAGUCUGUCAUUUUCCAUAAGCGGAUCCCUAGGGAGGCUUAAAAGAAUAGUAUUUUUUAAACAACUGAAAAAAUAAUGGAGGAUGGGAUGGGAGAGGAUGAGAUGGAGUGGGAAGGGACAGGGUAGGAUAGGAUGGGAUGAGAUUGGGAGGGGCUGGAAUGGGACAGGAUGGGAUAGGGUGGGACGGUGGUUCCAGGGUGCUGAUUCAAACAUUUAAACAUCAGGACAUGAAAGCAGCUGCCGGGCAUAUGUAUCCUUUUAAUAAAUCCAGUUUAAUAUAAGAAUGAAGUCUGCAUUCAGCAAAAACUAACAAACUUCAACGUUUUUAUUAAGGAAUGAAAGACUUAAUAAAGUUUUCGUACAAAUUUGAAAGAAGCUGUAUAGCAAUUGUAAACCCAUUACUGAUCUGCCCAGCUCUUUGAUUGUAAUCAACUCUGGGAUCUCAGGUAAGCACAUCUAGCUAGCCCAACUCUUCUGUUUCCAAGGAAUCCAACAACUUUCAAUUCAAGUCACACACGGAUGUAGCAAGCUAGCAAAACAGGAUUAUGAAAUUAUUUGAGACAUUGUAUAGGUUGCAAAAUUGCUUCUUGUUGUCAAGGUAGAGCUUCCUGUCUACUUCUCUUUUGGUGUAUUAUUAUUAAUUGUACCCCUGAUUCCUGGUCACCAAGUGUGCAGCUCAUGUGUGCAGCUCAUGUUAUAUAUAUAUGUGUGUGAGUGUGUAUGUAUGCAAAAAAUACAUUCACACCUCUACAAUACACACAUACCAGGAAAGAGGUAAUCUAUUGGUCUAGGUUUUACAGGGCCCCGCAUCACUGUUGCAUGUGAGUGAAAUUAAAAUAUAUAUAUUAGAAAGUUGUAUUAUAAAUAUUUAUCUCAUUGUUCACCACCUGAAAUUCAGGUUCAUCUUUGCAGCCAAUGUCCACAUUUCAAAUGGAGAGAACCAAAGCAUUGCCUGUGAGCCUGUCUACAGAGUUUUAUAAUGGGGCGUAUGCCCAGUAAAACCUUUGCCUUGAGCACAGUCUCUCUCCCCGCAUGAGAUCAUGUCUGUUUAAAAAAUAUGAAGGUGAAAAGAACUGAUGGUCACAUGCAGGGUGGAGCAUGAAUUUGUCUUUGUAGGGUGUGGGAUGGUGAGAGCUCUCAUCUGAGCCACCAGUACUCAAAGGCUCAGUGGCCAGAAGGGUGCGGACACAAGCAGCAGCCCCAUUUCGUGCUCACCCCAGGUGAUCUUCAGAUGUGAAAGCUGUGUGUAAAAGAAAUCCUUUGGUUUUGCACGUGAAGGACACUCAUUAUAAAGUAUUUCUUAUCCAGAAUCUGUUUUAAGUAGAAGUGCACCUAAAUCUGUUUAUUGCCAUGUUACUUGGUGUUUCAGAAAAUGUGGAUAUUACCAAUUUGUAACCUGGUAAUUUUUAAUAAAGAAAAUUUUUAAAGGGCUUUCAUAUUUAUAGCUUAGACAUGACCAGUAUUUCCUGGUAUUUGUGAUGUGGUCUGCACCAAACAGUGUGAUUUAGUGUCUGACAAUGUCAGAGGUCCCCCCAGGGAGAGGAUUGUACCUUAAACUAUUGUUCUAAAUCUGACUUAGUUACAUGUUGAAAGAUAAUUUUGUAUAGUCUUUGAACUGACCAAAACUUUUUUUAUUGCUUAAACUUUUUUUUUUGCUAAAAAUAAAAAAAUUUCUUUUACAAAGGGGCAUCAGUGUUGUGAACACAGAACUGAUGUAAAAGCUGCUUUUGUAUUCAGUGUGAGAUGGUGUUUACAGAUGAUUUUGACAACAGUGGAAAUAUAUUAAGUGGUGUCUGUGUAUCUGAACUAUUUAAUUUUGUGUUAUGUUCAUAUGAAGAAAUAUUUAUACAUACUUCACCAAAUGUUUUAUUUAAUGUUGAUAAAUAUUGCUCUUCAGUCUUCAGCUGUAAUGUCCUUUUAAAGUGAUUCAUAAAGGUCUGCUUGAGAAAUGAAUAGAGUAUACCUUGCUUUCUUGUCACUAAAACAAAUACUCUUGACAUACAAAUCUUUCUUUUGUAUGAGUUGUUUAAAAUGUCUACCUAAAAGUAAGCUUGUAAAUGAUAUUGUACGUCUACUUCAAGUACAAGUUUAGUUAAAAAAAUGAAAAAGUUAAAGCUUCAGCUAGAUGUCACAAGUGCAUUUUGAGAUAAAGAUGCCCAGAACUGGUUUAUGAGUUUAGUCGACACAUAGAACUAAAGACUUUCAAGGCACCCACUUCACAAAGAAAAUUAAAUACCUUUAUUUACAGAAAGAUGCAGAUAUUUGAAAUAUAUUCAUUACUCAAGUUGACCUAACUUAUCUUUUAACAUUUAAAUAUAUAUCUAUAUCUAUAUAUUGCCAUAUCAUUAUCUUCUGAUAUUUAGAGUAGUGCUGUGCCCCUAAUACACAAAAUGUGAGAGCAUGUAAGGAAGCCAGAGUUCAUCAGGGGGAUUUAUGGUAUAUUAGUAUUGAUUUUACAAUGGGAAACUAUUAUUUUUUAAUGAAGUUAAGCCUCUUUGAAAGCAGCUGUCACCACUGUUUACAUAAUAGGAAGAGCUAAACCCUUGGAUUGUUUUAAGAUAGAAAUAAACAACCUGUAUUUUGAUGUGUGAACAGGCUUUAAAAUGUAACUACAGGCAUUAUAAAUUGUGUACGUAUACACAUUGUAGCACAGAUCAAUUCUGUUAGUUAUUUAAUGGAAUAUACACUAUAAAAUAUUAAGAAUUUGUGUUGCAAGUACAGAGGGGAUCAAAUUAAUUUGUAUCCCCUAUGUCUACGUGUUUGCAUUAAACCCAUGCACACACACAAAUUGUAAUUAUAUGCACAAGUGGAUGUAUUAUUUAUGAACACAAGCAUACAUGAUAGUUUUCAAAAGAACGAUGCAAGACCCAAAGGUACAAUCUGACACAGCACUACUUUUUAUACAAAUGAUGGAAUACUGUAAUUGUUUUCAGGAAAAGUAAGUCAGAAACAUGAUAGAAAGCAUCAUUCUGAGGGCAGACAAACAGCUCAAUCCCAUAAAGGUUCCUCACAUGAAAAGAUGGCUUUUCAGAGGUCAGGCAUCAUUCUCAUUAACUGCAAUAAUACAAGAUUAACUCCAUAUGAAGAGGAUCAGAAAAUGAGAAGAGAUAGCCAGACAGGAGCCACUGGAUUGUCUAAAGGAAGCUUUGUGGAAUAGACCCCAAUCACUGUCAGCCACUGAACAGUUCUUAGGCAGUGAAACCCACUGUAAUAUACAUUUGGCUUUCCCGAUGCAAAAGUGUAUGACAGUUUGUUGCUUCUGAACCAAAAGAUGCUGUGAGAAAUGCCUGAUCCAGAGGUCCAGGAACAAGUGUCAUGGUGCAUGAAGCACUCUAUCCUACCACAGCAGAACGCACUUCCUAGAAUUUAAACUGCAGAUCAGUCAAUCGCUGUUCAAAAGAUAAACAAGUGCAGGCCUGAGCAGUUCCCAGGCUCUGAACAUCUGGAUCUAUAUCAGCUGAACGAUAAGUGACCUAAAGAGAUAGGCAGUUCUGUGAGAAUGCCCACACCAUUGUUCUAAGGCAGUUAAUGACCUUCUUCAGUUGAGUAUAACUUCGCUUUCUUAUUUCGUUGUAUUGAUUAUUAUAUUUCCUUCCUUCUUCUGUAAGAAAAUCUUAAAAACAUCUCGGCUCAUCACCUUUAUGUAUAUAAGAAGUGAAUGAUACUCUAUAAGUGCACUCAGUUUGUCUGUAUGGAAUACAAACAUCAAAGCAAAAGGAUUUUUUGGUCUUUUUUUUCCUCAUCAGCACCAUCAAUAAUCUGGAGUAUCUGGACAUCAUCAUGCUACCACAUAUACAGUAUGGAUAGUCAUGUAGUAUUAUGUUAAACCAUUUAUAAACUGGAUUUCACUUGCCCUCUUGAGCAUCUUUUGAGAUAUUUGAGAUUCCAAAAUCUCAUUCUCCUCCAAAUGGUUCCUAGAUUCUUUUUGUAACAUGAUUUACAAGCUUGUCUUAGUCUCAGACUUUCUUCCCUUUCAAAAAAAACCCCAUGCCAAGUUAAAGUGCUUCAAGGGCACAUUACUAGCUCCAGCAGUUUUAGUGUUGAGAUUGGAUACUUUCUUCUUAAGGAUGUAUAAGACUGAUCAGAAGGAACUGAAGCAAGACACUUUACAUAUAUAUAUAUAUUCCUUUAAUCUUUUAUGUAUUUACCCAUGCAAACACCACUGUACUUUCUUCUGGGAGCAGGUCAAAGUGGUCUAUAUUACUUUGUGUUAACUAAAGAUUAUGAACAGAUAAUAUCUGUUGUAGUUUGACAAUGGCAGCCUUUUCUGGCCCAUGAACUGCACUCCUAUCAUACUCAACCACUUACUUCUAUUGGGAAGUUUAACUAAGUCAUAUAUGACAUUCAGGUUUUCAGAGAAUUAAAAGUGAUUUCUUCCCUUCUACUGGGCAUAGAUCAUCUGUAGGCUCUCAACGUUUCUAUUUCUACAGACAGAGAGCAAAAUACUAAUUUUGUAAUGUCUGUUAAUUGGGCAUUUUUGCAUUUCAUCUUUUAGUGUGAGCAUACAUAGGAUAACUAAUUCAAUCACACCAUUUGUUGGAAACAAAUUGAUAUGAAAAGGGUGUUUGGAACUGUGCAUUUUCUGUUCUAUUUCAUAUUCAUACCCUUUGGCACCACAAUUUUAUACCCUGUGUCUGGGCUCCAUCAGCACAGUAUUUGAUGUCACUGAUAGAUCUUCACAGUCCUAACUGGCAAGCUUAUUAACUGGUAUUCAGGACUUUGUCUACUUUUCACCACCCCUACUGCAUUUGAAAUAUAUAUUAUAUUACAAUGUAGAUACCUUUUUUUUUUUUUUUCCUCCAGAAGGAAUGCUGUGGUUAUUUACAGAUACACUCUAAUAUGUGUUUGCAGAUCUUUGGGUUAAUUUUAAAUACUAAAAUGAUCAGAGAAGUUUCAGUUAACCCCAACAGAGAUAAUAUAAUGGAAGGAGUACAAGUAACACAGUAAAACAAUAAGGGAAAUGCUAUUUAUUUAACGGCUUAUUCAGGUGCACAUCAUGUAGCAUGCAUAUUGUACCUAAACAUCUAUAUGCACUCUGUAUAUCUCAGAAGAAUAACCUAAGUAUGACAUUGUGCUGUGUAGCUACAUACAGAGAGAUGCGCACACAUUUAAAACAAUGUACAUGGAAGUAGAUGAAAAAUUAUGCUGAAAUUGUCAGCCAUAGUAAAUAUUGCUUUUGAUGCCUCAUCACUUGCAACUGGACAGUUUGGGUCAGUUCUGCUUAGCUGCAAGAAAUAUUUCUACAGCUUAGUGCAUAUUUUUCAAAAAGCUUUGUGUUUAUUUCUGAGCUUGCUGUUUUCUGUGUACUGUUCUGGUUUUUUGCACAUUACCCAAAAUUUAGAAAUGCAUGACUAGAUUUCACACACUGAGUUAUUGUGUCAAUACUCCACUGGGUUCAACUCCAUUAGUUUAAUCAAAAUCACCCUGGCUUUGCCAAAUAUGAAAAUAAAGGAAGGCCUCUAUUUCUAAGAGUGGAUUCUAUCUAAGAUCUCAUAAUAGAAAUAGGAAUCCCCAUCUUCUACAUUCAUGUAAACAUCACUGAGAGUUUCUCAGCUUGAUUACAGGAAUCUGUUAAAACAGCUUGAGCUGGAAGUGGCAAGUAAAGCAAGCCACCACUGUAAGUUAUUUAAAGUAACAAGAACAGCACUGCUCCCAUUAGAAAUGAGGGGAAAGCAAUAUCAUCCUUCCCCACACCAUGUUAUUGCUCUGCCCUUUCUCUUACAUGCAAUAGUACUUUUAAUUUGUCAGUCUUGUGGAUGGAGUUGUGCAUUUUUAAAGAACUUUGCCUGGAAGGGCUGAGAGAUGUACAGUGUGAAUAUAUCUAGAUCAUUCAUCACUUUCCGUUUUUUUAAACAAUAAAUCUUAACUGAGUUUAACUGGAACGUAUGAUGCUGGCCUCAGGAAAAGUCUUACAAAAAUGAUGGUAAAACCAGCUGAUCUGUGGUGAGAAAAGCUAGUUGUUUCCAAGCUAGUGAAGAUAUAUGGCACAGAUUACUUGGGAAUAAGCUUGGAAAAGAUCAAGACAUUUAAAGUUUUACAGAUAUGCACAUCCUCAAUUCAUAGAAGUAAAUUAACACAUAUAAACAGUGCCCAAAAAUGUUCAGUGUGUGAAUGACUUUGUGAGCUGAGAGCACGCAUGCCCAUCAGCUACACUGAUUGCAUGGCAGCCUGAUGCCCCCCUUACAGGUCCAUGGAGAGAUCCUUAUUACAGUGGUCUAGAGUUAAACAAUUGAGCAUUCAUAUGGAAGCAGGGUACGUUUGUCUGCACACACGUACCUGCAGGGUACGUUUAUGUGCACACACGUACCUGCAUUUUCCAGGAAUCUUACAGGAACAAAAAUUUAAUAAUGUAUUUGGAAUGAAAGAAUGGCCAAAAUGUUCCGAUGUUCAUUACUCAGACAUGACUAAUAGAUAAGGAAAUGGUAUUGUUGUACAGAGAGAACUUACAGGUAUUUUUCAAAUCUUCAUAGGAUCAUAGUUACUUUACUUAAAAUACUCAAAAGAUCAGAAAAUGUUACAGUCUCGUGGAAAUAUCUUAGACAACAAGCUGAUUCCUGGUUAAGCUUCAAAUUGUUCAGUCCUCCUGAAACUAUUUUUCUCCUAGAUUUAAGUCACUGCAUUAACAAAGCCGCUGUAGUCACUGCUCAAAUGUGACCCAGCCCAGAGGCAUCAGAGUGAUGAGGAGACAGCCUUCAUUAAUUUGCAGUUAAUGAUUUCACUUUGAGAAUGAUUAUCAUUGUGACACAGAACAGUCAACACCAUGAGAAUUAAGGAUGUAGCUCAGUUUACUUCGAACCCUGCACUGUGUGGACAUACCACAAGAAAUAGACCUGUGCAGUAUUUCCUGAUGUUCGGUGUGUUUUUUUUUCCAGUCAUUAUUUUUACUUUUCAAAUGGAUUUGGUCCCCUCUAGCUGUACAUACCUAUUCAACAUCCUCUUUCAUCAAUAUAGAAGUAUCCCAUUUUUAGCAUCUGCAAAAUAUCAUUAAAUCAGAUGUAGCUAGAGAGAAGGAACUUCUUUCCUCUGGUGGUUUGAAUUUCUCUUUUUUCUUCUUUUUAUUUUUCUCCAAAAUGGGAGGGCAUGAAUAGACACAGCAAAUUUUGAAGAAUUUUGUUUUGCAUUUCAAAACUAGGUGUUUAAUAUCUGAAAUUUUUUGUUAUAAAGUACUCAAAGGAAGGCUCUUCAUAUUUUUCCUGCAUUAGAAACAAGAAACAUAGGAAUAGAGGGAAGGUAUAGAUAGAUCAGACUCAUGUCAGCAUUUCCAAAUUUCCACUAAAAAGAAAGGUGUUUGAAUUUCACAAGUAAGCAAGUAAAAUUUUUGCAUUUAUCCAAUAAGAAAUUUUAUUGGAUAGUUCAUCGUAGCCAGAAAAUAUCACAAUGAAACUUUGCUCCUCAGACCCCUUCCCUUCCCUACUCUUCCCUUCCCUUCUUUUCCCUUCCUUCCUUUCCUUCUUUAAUUUCUUUUCACAUAAACACAGUGAACCAAGCUGAAAAAGCAAAUAAUCAGAAAUACAUUCAAUCUGCGUGGCUCAUAUCUUCAUUUAUAAUGCUUAUUUUACAACUGGUCAUUAUUAGUACAAAACCUUUCUACUGUGGAUGUAUCUCUGAGUAAAUAUUUGGUUCUUUUGGCACUGAUUCAAAAUCAGUGGUUUCUUGGCCAUAGGCAAAGAACAGACUUUGUUUUGUCUGCUGCUGGACCCACACACUUCCCUGAAUGUGAUAGAGGGUCCUUUCAGGCAAGUUUUCAAAAUGGUAUAGCUCUAUAAUUAGUCGCACAUUUCUCCACAGUUAUUGGUGCUUUCUGAGCAGACUUAGGCUCAUGUAUUUUGCCCACUGCUGUGAGGUAGGAAUUAUCAGUAUGAGCAACUACUAUGCUGUUGAAUGCAGGAGAAAUUUAAAUAAGCACUGGUGUCAUUUUUGUACUCCAUACAAUGCAUAGUGACUGGCAGCUGCUGUUAUUAGAGGUGAAAUAUGGAAUGGAAGAAUGUAUUCACCACUCUCUCAGUGGCAAGAUGCAUAGGGAGAGAUCAUUGGAAUCAGUGUGUGCAGUGCAUGAAAUCAUCUGUUCAGAAGUUAAAUGUUUAAAAAGUAUGAACUAUUAUUAUUCACUGCUUUCUGAAUGAUGCUUUGCAGGUGUAGGCUGUUGAAGCUGUACAUGUACAGUGAUGAAGGUACCAUUUUUUUCACAUCAUUUUGUUCCCAGGAUUCACACCCUUCUUCCCUUCUUAAGGCCUGCCAAGGUCACAGGAUUUUGUCCAGCACAAAGCUGGAAAUGAGCUCCCGCCAUUUGCACCCUCCUGGGGAAGGGCGUGGGCCAUGGAAACCAAGACAAGUUGUUGCAAAAAAGAGUCAUAGGCUUCCUGCUUCUGCUUGGAGAUACUGCGUAUUUUUGUGGUGGAAAUAGAGAUAACAUCACAGGAGUCUGAUGAACAUACACUAUGUGUUUCCUGAUGUGUUUUUCUGUUCCUAUUAGUUGAAAGGUUUCUGUGCCAUUCUUCUGAUUAUGGAUCAAAACAGGUUCCAGAGACAUUAUCCAAAUACAUAUUUUUAAGGCUCAAGUAUUUCCAAUACAUUUAUAUUUUUCUAGUUCUUCUGGUGGAGAUGAACUUAAGUGGAAGCAGAUAAAAUAAUUAGGAAGCAGUAGCAGAAAGACUCUCACAUUCUGCUGCAUAAAUUAGCAGUGCAUGAAUAGUCACCCCAAGCCUGGUAUCUACUGUUCAGGUAGUAACCAUCCAUUCAGGUACCAUACAAAAUAUGAGUGUUAGUUAAAUUAUUGGCAACAUUGCAGGUGUUGUAUUGCAUAAGAAUUCACGUGGUUACUAAUUACAGUUCUGUGUCCAGGUAAACUGUCAGAAAGAAUUAUCGGUCCUAACUCGUACUGAUGGCAUUUUGCAAAUCACUAGCACGUUAAUGGGAAGAGAGAGGUGGAGAAUAACAGAAAGCGACUGUUUGUCGCAUUUGUUUUCCUCUGCAGCAGUGUUCUGGAGUAACCUUACCUCCUUUAGUUAACAAAGACGAAGAAAAGAUACUGUGGAACAGACUCAAAUACUGCUGUAGGCAUUCUGCCCUCUGUGGUCACUGCAGCCCUGGGGGCAGAGAGUGGAUGGCUGUGUGGCUGUAGGCAGAUUAAUGCGUCAGGCUGGGUCUGGAGCCCUCCGAGCUCCCUCAUUUCUCCUCUAACCCAAUAGGUAUCAGCCCAAAUGCGCUGCACAAACUUGGCGCCUACUGAACUCCCACUGUGUAGCAUUGUGCUCUUAAGGGAUUUUGUACUGCCAAGUCACUUUAACAUCCUUAUUUAUUUAUAUAUAUGUAUUUUUUUCAUCCCUCCAUAUAAAGCUAAUCAGGUGGCACCUUCCCAUGUGGAAUUUUCCUUGAAAAUAUAUUAUUAUUGUAAUCUACAAAUGCCUUUUACCCUGUAUGCCCCUGAUAACGGUUGCAUUAGUAUGAGCUGAUAAACUCAUUUCUUUCCUCACUGCUCAUGGAGUGGCUUGCUAGUUAAGAUAAAAAGUAAUUGAUGUGAUAUAAAGUCAUAUCUGAUUGUACAACACAUUGUCUGCCAAGCAGUUGGUGAUGUAAGCUUUACAUAACCACGAGAUGUUGGAUGAACUUUAGAAAUAUGUUUCCGUGUUCUUUUUUUCCUCUCUGAAUCCAGCACAGGGCAGAACACAGAACAAGCAAUCAAGAAAAAAAAUAAUAACUUUAAGGUAAUUUGAGAUUAACGGUUGCAAGGGCAGCGAGUGAUUUAGAAAAAGUUUUUGUCGAGUCCAUCUUUUGGUGACACUAGUUCCCCUCCGUCUAGGAGGGCUCUCUGCAGGCAAGUUUGUAGAAGGCAACGUGGACUCCAUUCACAUGCCACGGGGAUCUUUGGCUGCUGUUAAUUCUGUCGGUCGCUCGGUGACACCGCUCCGUGCUGCAGCAUCCGCGCUUCCCUGCAGGGCCCGACCCCAGCCCCGGCCCGCGGCCAGGCUCCGCCGUGCUCCCGGCGCUCCAGGAGCCGGCCCUGCCGAGGCACCGCACUCUGCUCCGCUCGCUCUCAGGCCGGGCUCCAUGCUGCCGCCCCGCUCCGGCAGAAGGCGGCCGAGGCACGGCGCUGCCCCACGCCCUCUGCCGACUCCGUCCUCCCGCUGCCGCCGGACAGCCGGGCCGCGGCUCCCCGCACCACUGCCAGCCUCAGCGUGAGCCGCACUGCCCGUUAUUUCCAGCUGCACUGGAGAAAAAUGGAAAUUAGGAAUUUCUUAUCGCUGGCUCAUUUUUCAGAUCUUUUUUUCCCAUUUAAAUGAUGUAUGUAUAACGCUUAUCGGUUUGGAGGAAGGGCAGUUUACAGAUGCAGCAUUACGUAUUCAGAGAAGAGAAAAUUCAGUCAUAGACAUCAUGGACUUUUUUCCUCUUGUACUGAAUUCACCACAAAUAAUUUAAGAUGACAGGUAAUGGAUUCAAGUUGUGCCAGGGGAGAUUCAGGCUUGGUGUUAGGAAACAUUUCCUCUCAGAAGGUGUG